GCUUCAACUGAGUAUAUAUGGGUUCCGCCUUACCAUACAUUUCACAUAGCAUUUCGAUUGGUUCGAGGAUACAUUCGCUUGGUUAAGCAUAAAUUCGACCUUUGAGAAUAUUUCCUCUAGGACAAAAAGAAUAUGCUGGCAUAAACUUCAUUAUAUGUGAAAAUGUUUUCCCACAUUCUCUUCUCCAACAUUGGAGCCAAGACAAGAAGGUGGUGAAAGAUGAAAUACGGAAAGAGGCUUCGUGAUGAGAUUGAGAGAACCUUUCCUGAAUGGAAAGGUCAGUUCAUAUCUUACAAGAAGUUGAAGAAGCAGUUGAAGCUGAUUAAUCCAAGAUCGUCCAAGGGAAAAUUAAUUAAUGCUAGAUGGCCAAGGUUUGCCACCAGAAGAUUUUUGGAAGUGAAUAAUAUGAGACUCAGCAUUGGAUUUAUCAGAUUAUUAGAUAAUGAACUCAAUAAAAUUAAUAUGUUUUAUUUUGAUAAAGAGGAAGACUAUAUUAUUAGAUUAAAGGAGCUGCAAGUUAGAGCAGAAAACUUGGCUAGUGAUGAAGAGAAGCUACAAGUGCAGAAGGAUAUCUUAAAAUUUCAUGGAGAAAUGGUUCUACUGCUCCAUUACAGUGUCCUUAACUUCACAGGACUUAUCAAGAUUGUCAAGAAGCACAACAAGCGGACAGGCACAACCUUUCAGUUUUCCUCCAUGCCAAGGGUUAUGCAGCAACCAUUCUUCUCCACUGAUCUGCUUUACAAGCUUAUGAGGGAAUGUGAAGCAAUGCUCGGUCGUCUCUUUCUUCCACAAGACCCUUGAUGCCAUUCCCAAGUUGGCUUAGUUCAUGUACUUGGGGGCAAUCGAGCCCUUCACUUCUCAUAUUUUUUUCCUUUUCUAUGGCUUGUAUUAGAUGGCAUUGCCAGCUAAUUUAUCAUGUUUGUGUAUAUAGUACAUCAGCACAAUAUCCUCUAAUAA